UAAGUCUAUAGAUAUCGACUGAUAACGAGUAAGAACUAUCUUCACUUUCAACUCUCUCACAUGAUUAUUCUCGAUUAAAGUUUAGUUAACAUAGCAUAGCAGCCGCAAUGUUUCACACAUUCGACCCCGAAACCAAAUCCUGGAUAUCCCGGAAUCCUCCACCAACGUUCCAGCCCGAAGAAAACCUCGGCCAAUUGAUUCUAGAUGCUCUCAAUCGGAACCCUUCGAGAGUUCUGCAGAUCGACACGGAUACCGCACGAGAAAUGACUGCCCGCGAGAUGCGUCUGCGGGCGGUUCGAGUAGCUCAAAGUUUGUUGAAUCUCGGAUUUGGCAGUGGUGAUACAGCCGCACUGGCGUGCUCGAACAGUGAAAACCUAGCACCGAUCGCGCUCGGGCUGAUGAUAGCCGCUGUUCCAUUCAUUACGCUACCUACGGGGUUCCAUGCCGAUGAUCUUGGACAUCUAUUGGGUCUUGUGCAGCCCAAAUUGGUGAUUUGCGAUGAUGGGGUUUAUAAGACACUACUUGAUGCUGCUGGGAACGCACUCAAAAUGAAACCCGUCGUUUUUGUCGCGGAAAGUGAGCGAAAAAAUGUGAGGAAAGCUGAGGAACUAAUAGAACCAAGUGGAAGUGAAGCAGAUUUUGUCCCACAGCACCACGGUGACAUGCGGGAACUAACCGGAAUUAUCCUCUGCACCUCUGGGACCACCGGUCGCCCGAAAGGAGUCAGCGUAUCACAAGCCCAUAUCGCAAUGGUCCUCAGACAGCCAUCGAACGUUGAUAGCGCCAAUCUCAUAUUCAAUUUUAGCCCGCUUUAUUGGGGAACAGGGAUGUUCGCCUUGCUAAAUUCCAUCUCCACCGGAAUAACACGAGCUAUCACUAGAAGUCUCUUCAACGAGGAUAUUUUUUUCGACAUCCUAGAACGGUACAAACCAACCCGUUUCUUCAGCCCACCAACGCAUACGAUGCUACUAUUGAGCCAUUCCAGGGCAGAGCUUGCGGAUUUCGGUAGUUUAAAAAGCUGGGGUUUGAGCGGCAGCUAUGCAUCUCCAGAGUUGCGACGCUCGGUGGGAGCAAGGCUUCCAAAUGGAAAAACUGUCAAUAGCUAUGCGUCCACGGAGCUGGGCCUGAUUGCGAUGGAGAUGACGAGGAAGGAAAAUUCUGUAGGGGUGUUGAUGCCUCAUCUGGAUGCUCGAGUAGUUGACGACGACGGAACGAUGGUUGAUGUUGGGGAGCAGGGAGAGCUGCUCUUUCGAACCUCGCUACCAUUCUUGGGUUACUACAACGAUAAGCAGUCAACCGAUGAGAUUAUCGAAGCGGGUGGAUGGAUUCGCACGGGGGAUAUCGGUUACCUGGACGAGGAAGCGUUUGUAUAUUUGGUUGAUCGGAAGAAGGACGUCAUCAAGUAUCGGGGAUAUCAGAUGUCUCCCGUAGAUUUGGAGGCCGUUAUAGAGCGGAUCGAUGGCGUUCUUCAGGUUUGCGUGGUCGGUAUCCCGGAGAUGGACGGAUCAUCCGAUUUGCCAGCCGCCGUUAUUGUAAAGCGCGAGAACAGUCAUUUGGAUGAGGAUGCUGUGAUACACAUAGUUGAGUCACAGGUUUCCAACCAUAAACGGCUGAGAGGGGGAGUUUACUUCUGGCCGGAGCUACCAUUAACUUCGACGGGGAAGAUUUUGAGACGAAAAGUAAAGGAAAAGCUCACGCAGGAGAUACAGAUCGAAUAGGAGUGUUCUGUUAUGCAUGUUUAAUUCCAUUGAAUAGGGUGAUAGUACUAACGAGAUUUCAUAUCUUGCCACGUUACGUCUUUGUUUGCACAAUAGAUAAUUAAAUCUUCAGCGGAAAUGUUAUUGAUUAAUUUCUGAAGAAAAGAGAAUUAUAUGUAUAUGUGAUCGUCCGGGAAGAAAGGGGGCUUAGGAUAAAAAACAAGUUUCCGAGAAAUACGCGUUUGAAGUUUACACUACGAAAACAUCUGUUUUCAAGGUUUUGUGGUGUAUGAAAUCUUUUCUGUGGUAUGUUGUCACAAUAGUGAAAUAGUUUGAGCACAAAAAGAAGAAUGUUCGAAAAACUAAAUUAUAAAUUGUUUUCAUACUUUUUUUAAACAAACUUUUUAAAUUGACUUUGUACGAAAAAACCAUCUCACGGGCUGAAUUUUUCAACUAAGGGACCUCGGAUGGGUCUCAAUCGAUUCUUAAGGGUUUUCCGAAUCGCGAAAAACCUCAACAUCGAAAAAUGUACCCUAAGCCCCCUAUUUUCCCGGACGAUCACAUAUAUUCAAUACUCAUAUCCUUCUGUUUUGUUCGUCUAUCCAAAAACCCUAUAGCGGAAGAGCAUAAGAUGGAAUCCCCGUUCUAAAUAAUGUACAUAAGAUUCACCAAAGCAAAUCACUCUUAAUGAUCAUAGUGAUUAUUCAGGUUUACCUGGUCAAUUACAGUUUCAGUUUGUGGUAAAUUCUAAAGUCUGAACAUUUC